CAGUAAUUUUCCCAUUGUGAAUAGGUCUAAUUCAACUCAAUAAACAACUGGGGAUCUCUUUGGCUUGAUGUAUUAUGACAAGAACUGAAUUUUGACAACCAAUUAUUCCACAGCCAUUCAUAGAACGCAUAUUAGGUCCAUAUUGGCAACCCUAUGGCAAGUGUGCCAGAAGGGGCUGCUCCCCUCCCUUCUCCAUGAACACCUUAAGGACAUUUUUCAUAUCGCCCACCCCUCUGCCCAGCAGUCCAAAGGGAGUACUUCCUCCCUCCCCUGUCUGAGGUGUUUGGUGAUAUGGACCAAGUUCAGAUGACAACUGAGGGCUCUGACUGCCGCUGCAAGUGCAUCCUGAGACCCCUGAGCAAGGAUGCCUGCAGCCGCGUCCGCAGUGGGAGUAUGAGGGUGGAAGACUUCUACACAGUGGAAACUGUGAGUUCGGGGGCUGAUUGCCGCUGCUCCUGUACUGCUCCCCCUUCCUCUCUCAACCCCUGUGAGAAUGAAUGGAAGAUGGAAAAGCUCAAGAAGCAAGCGCCAGAGCUCUUCAAGCUCCAGUCCAUGGUUGACCUCCUGGAAGGGACAUUGUACAGUAUGGACCUGAUGAAAGUCCACGCCUACAUCAACAAAGUAGCCUCUCAGAUGAACACCCUGGAAGAGACCAUUAAGACAAACCUUAGCCGGGAGAAUGAUUUCAUGAAAGAAAGCGUGGCCCACCUGACCCACCAGAUGAAGCGUUAUGAGAACUACUCAGACAUCAUGAUGAGUAUUAAGAAGGAGAUUUCCAGCUUGGGCUAUCAGUUGCUACAGAAGGAUGCAGCUGCUGGUCCUGAGACCAAAGCCCAGGACACAGCUGGUGGAAAAGGCAAGGAAGCCAACAAAUAUUCUGGAGUCAAGAAAAACUUUGGGGACAAGGCUGUCCCAAAAGCUCCCAAAGAGAAGCUCCUGAAGGUGGAGAAGGUGAAGAAAGACACAGUGAAGGUCAAACCCCCGCAGGCCACAGCCAGGCCCCGAGCCCACCCACACCAGCAAGCUGUGAUCCGGGGCAUCACCUACUACAAAUCCACAAAGCAGGAGGAGGUGAAGGACACAGCUGAAAAUACCCUGAAGGGGGUAACCGGACUGGAGCAGCAAGAAACCAAGGAAGGAAGACACGUGGAAUCCAACUCCGCUCAGCAAGAGGAAGAGGAGGCUACAGAUGAAGGAGACCCCAACCCUAGCACUCCCACAAGCACCACUCCUCUUCCCACCACCCUGGUGGCCAGCACCACCACCACCACUACCAGCAGCCCCCUGGUCACCAUACUGUCCAUUGGAUACAAUGCUGCAGGCCCCAAUGGGUCUGAAAGUCCUAAUCAAGUCAAAGAAGUAGAAUGUGAAGGCACCAUUAAGUCUGUUGAUCCCCCUGUGAAACAACAUAGCUAUGGAAGGAAUGAAGGCGCUUGGAUGAAGGAUCCUACGGCCCGUGAUGACAAGAUCUAUGUCACCAACUACUACUAUGGGAACAGUCUGGUGGAGUUCCGUAAUCUGGACAACUUCCAACAAGGCCGCUGGAGUAACAUGUACAAACUCCCCUACAACUGGAUCGGGACGGGCCACGUGGUGUUCCAGGGUGCCUUCUACUACAAUCGAGCCUUCACCAAGAACAUUAUCAAAUACGACCUGCGGCAGCGCUACGUGGCGGCCUGGACCCUGCUGCCAGACGUGGUGUACGAGGACACCACCCCGUGGAAGUGGCGAGGCCACUCUGACAUCGACUUUGCCGUGGACGAGAGCGGCCUGUGGGUCAUCUACCCCUCGGUGGACGAGGGCGGCUUCUCCCAGCAGGAGGUGAUCGUGCUGAGCCGGCUGGACCCCGGCGACCUGUCUGUGAGGCGGGAGACCACCUGGAAAACCCGCCUGAGGCGCAACUCCUACGGGAACUGCUUCCUGGUGUGCGGGAUCCUGUAUGCCGUGGAUGUUUACAACCAGAGGGAGGGGCAGAUCUCCUACGCCUUCGACACGCACACCAACACUGACGCCCACCCCAGGCUGCCCUUCCUCAACGAGCACUCCUUCACCACCCAGAUCGACUACAAUCCCAAAGAGAGGGUCCUCUAUGCCUGGGACAACGGCCACCAGGUGACCUACACCCUCCACUUCGUGGUCUGAGGGACGCCGGGUCCUCUCUCCCAGCACACUGGGAAGCCCUGUGGGGCAAUCCCCCAAGGCACAGAGGGAGGAGCGCCCCCUCUGACCCGACUCAUGGCGGCCCCCACGCCCAGGGAACAGGGGGGUUUGGGUACAUUUCUGGGACUACCCAGACUGGAGGGGUGUUGCUGGGGGUCGGGGAGAGAGAGAUGGGGAACAAAAGGGGGGCACGCUUCCCAGAAGACGUGGAAAAGGCUUGGCCUGUCCCUCAAAGCUUUCUAGGACUAGACUCCCCCCAUUCUCUCUCUCUCCUUUCCUCUUUUCUCCUUCCUCUUUCUCUUCAUUCUUGGAAUAAAAAUCAGUUGUACUUCUGCAACCAGAACCAGGAGACGGGCCACUGGAGCCCAGAGAAUGACAUAAUCCUAGAACUCUGGGUUGGAGGGAACCUCCAAGGUCAUCGCGUCCAAACUGGCCUCUUUCACGGAAACCGGGGCCAUGCUCAUUUCGUACCUGAAACAAUGCAUGUGAUGGCAUAAUAGGGGCAGGCUUUAUAUAUCGCACAGUGCUCCAAAGAGCAGGGAGGCUCCUGGCCUGCUUGUUCUUUCUCCCAGUGCAGGUUCUAACCAGCCCCUGGGCCACCCCCCAGGGGAGAGGUUUCAUAGAUCUCUGGGGCCAGAAUUCAUCUCCUGGAGGCCAUCCUUCCAUCGGGGAGUCUCUCUGCAGUCAGCUAGGAUGGCUGGUCCCCAGGGGCAGAAACACUCCGUCACUGGGCUAUUCUACCGGAACUUGGCUUCAUUGGCACAGCCUAAAAGAAAGCACACAAUGAGGAUGUAUUAGUGGAAGGAACAUCAAUGAGGUUAUCAUAUAUGUAACUAUGUGUGUGUGUGUGUGUGUGUGUGUGUGUGUGUGUCAGAGGUAACGAGAGGGCAUUCUUGGUUCGUCUUUUUGUCCCUAUUUGUCUACCCAAGAAGCAGUCAUUUCCCUGGGGCUAAUUUAAUUUAAUUCAGUGCAGUAUAGCCUAGUAGAAAGAGCACUUAUUGGGGAAUAAAAAGGCCAACAGCCUUAAAACCGACUCCGACUCUUGCAUUUUGGUCAAAUCGGGUCCCCUCUCUCUGGGCCUCAGUUUCUUCCUCUGUAAAAUGAAAGAGAUCUUAUGAUCCUAAAUCUGGCUCUACAUCCUGUGAUUCUAUGGAUCAGAGAAGAGAGUCAGUGCAGAGGCCUGGACUUGGUGCAAGGGGACCUGUGUGUGCUUAAACUAGGGGCCCUGGGUUCAGGUCCUGACUCUGUACCCCUACUACAAAUGGAUGAAUGCUUGGACAAACCCCUUUCACCUCCACUGGCUUUUUGUUUUUGUUUUUUUGUUUGUUUGUUUGUUUGUUUUCCCUGUGAAACCGAGGGAAUCAGAUUAAAUGGCCUUUCAAGUCCUUUCCAACUUUUGAUCCAGUGGUUCUAUGGACUUAUGUCAAUUUAAAAAAAUAUUAACUAUCUUCUAUAUGCAAGAGACCUCUGCUCAGCCCUGGUUUGGGGAACGUUUCCCUUCUCUUGGCAAACCUGGGCUGUGUUUAGCCUCCGGCCUCUUCAGGCUGCUCUGAUCCAAGCUCAGGCCCGUGGCUUCCUCAUCUCUUGGGAUGCUGUUUGUUGUACACUGUCCGACACACAUUCCAUCCCUCCACAGUCACCCCUGAGCCGGCCUGAAAUCAAAUACCAAGAAAACAUGGGAGCUUGUUCCAGGUCCUCUCCCUUUCUUCUGCACUUAUUUUUCUUUUGUAAUUCAUAAAUGUUGUCAUCUAUUUCUGCAGUCGGGGCCCAAGAAUGCUCUAAGUGUCUUCGUGCCAGGAAAUGUCGGGAGGGGAACCGUUUCCAUCAGCUCGUCCUCCGCUUUUCUCUCUCCGCCUCCAAUUCUGGCCCAGCCUGAGGCUCCCUCCCACGGUAGAAAUGCUUGCUUUGGCCAAAAGCCGGAUAACUUUGCCCUCUAUCCCACUCCCCGCCCCCAUUCCCAUCUUGGUAUCACACAGUAGAUGAUCCUGGCAGCUUUCGCAGUGCCCCCAUCUCGAGGUUCCCAGAGUGCACCUGCUAAAGCCACAUCGUCCCAUGUAAAUGACCUUUGGUGAGUCAUUUCUCUAGGCCCCAGUUUCCUCAUCUGCAAAGCAGGGGACUUGGACUGUGUGAUCUCUAAAGUCCUUUCUAGGUCUAAAUCCCAUCCCAAUGGGCCUUUUAAGCAUGCUCUCUACACUCUCAGGGAAACUUUCAUCAGAUAUAAUCACCUGUCCCAAAUCAUACUGCAAACCAACAAAAACCUUUGCUCUUUGCCAGGCUAUCAAACUUGGUAUUGGUCUGAAUUCUCUUAAAACAGGUUACACACUUCAAAUUAGACAUUUUUGGAAGAAGAAGGAAUAAUGGUGAAAUGAUGGAAGGUACAGAAACAAUUUAACAAUCAGAACUAGCUAAAAGUGCAACAGGCUAUUUCUAGAGGUGAUGAGUCUCUCAUCACUAGCAGUCUUCAAGUAAAGCUUGGGUGACCAAUUGUCAGGGAUAUGAUACAAGGGUAUCAUAUGAUAAAUUCGUGUACCUGUUGAACUUGAUGACUUUUAAGGACCCCUUCAGCUCUGAAAUUCUGUAUUUUGAUGGAGGAACUUGGUAUAGCACUGAUGGAUUCUAAGUCAAAGAAGACCACUUUGUUACCUGGCUCUUCUACUUACUCUUUGUGUGCCCUUGGACAAAUCAUUUAGCCUCUUUGGGCCUCAGGUUCCUCAUCUGUCAAAUGAGGGAGUUGAACUAGAUAAUUUCUAAGACCCCUUCCAGCUCUGAAUUUCUGCGAUCCUUAGAAAAACAAGCUUCAGACUUGGGUUGAACAAUGGCACCCAUUAUGGGCUGAACUGGGAUUUGUUUCAAAGGAGAGGGUGGGAAUAAUAUGGCCUAUACUCAGACCAAUAUUGUAUGUGCAAGGAGCAACUUUAUCCAUCAUUCCUUUUAAAAUGCCAUCCUAACUCUACUGGAUUCAGGUCAAACUACCAAGAUGAGGAUAUCCUUUGAAAUUUUGUCUCAAUAGCUGGGAUCCCAGCCUGGGGAGAGCAGGAAUCUCCUGAACUCUUCAGCUUGGAAGGAGAUUUGCAUCUGGUUUGUGACUGGAAAAGGUUUUCCAAAGGAAAGGGGAGACCUGUGAUUGGCCAGAGACAACCGGGGAGUUGUGAAAAAGGGAAAAUGGAGGAAGGAGGUCAGACUUUCUGAAAGAACACCAACCCUGAAUGGGAGGAUUGUUUGAUGGGAGAACCACAGUCAGAUCUGAAUGAAGACACUGGGUAGAGUUUUGAAAUAGUCUUGGAUUGGGAAUGUAGGAUCCUGAAUUUGAGUGUCAACGCUGCUAUUAAUACCAUAUAACCUUGAACAAACCAUGUCCCUUCUACUAAUUUUUAUCUUUAAGUAGAGAAGGAUGGUUUAGAUUAUCUUUAAAAGUUCUUUCAAAUAAUCUGUUUUAUGAUCCAGCAUUCCUCUAAUCAUCUUUCUUCUCAGAUUCCUUCUAGUUGUCCCAUUCUAUGUUCUAAGAGCUCUUUGUGCUAAUAUGAAAUCUUGACAUGAAAUCUCUUAGCACUCUGGUUCAGGCCCUAAUCACCUCUUAGCUGGAGUAUUGCAAUAAUUUAUUAUUCUUUCUAAUUGGUCUCCUUGCCUUAACUCUUUCCAAUGCAACCCAUUCUCCACCCAGCCACCAAAGUGAUUUUCUUAAAACUCAUGUUAGACCUUGUUCUUCCUCUUCACAAUAAACUCCUAAGGCCUUUUAUUAUUAACACUAGAAGGAAAUAUAAAUUCCAUUCAUUUCCAUUUACCAUUUUUAUAACCUGGCCUCUUCCUGCCUUUCUUCCACACUUUACAACACAUCCACACUGGCCUCCUUGCUAUUUCUUGCCCACAACACUCCAUUUCUGUGGCUCUCUUUCCCCUCUGCCUGGAAUGUUCUCUCUCCUCAUCUUUUCCUCCUUGCUCCCCUAGUUUCCUUCAAGACAUGGCUCAAAUUGGACUUUUUUAGUCCCCUCCAGCUACUUAUGCCUUCCCCACUGAGAUUACCUUCCAUCUACUCUAUAUAGACCUUGAACACUUGUGGUUAUUUUUAUGUUUUUCCCCCUUUAGAAUGUAUGUUCCUUGAGGAGCAAGGAUUUGUUUUGCCUGGCACAUAGUAAGUGCUUAAUAAAUGUUUCUUAACUGACCCCCUGGCAUGCUAUGAUUCUGUUCUAGAUCUCUUCUAUCUCUGACAUUCUAUAUAUUCUGAGGUCAAUCCAGUUCUAAUGUUUUUGGUUCUAAGGCCCCCACUAGCUCUUACAUUCUCAAGGUGACAUCCAUCCCAGUGGUUGGAACCCCUGACACCAAUAAGCCCAGGACAUUCUGUCCCUAAAAUAACCCCAGCUGCAGUGGGUUUUUUUCAACCCUUCCUUUCUCUUUUAGUAAUGUGCAGAUGGAAAAUUUGCAACACCUGAGCUACAUUCCCAGCAUCCUUUUAAGUUACAUUCUCAUUUUACAUAAGGAUGCUUAGGAGAUAAAUUUGGCUGAGACCCACUCUGCAGGGCUCCUUUUUUGGAGCUUGUGCUUUUGGUAAAGUGCUACAGGGGUGAGUCUCUGUCUCUCUUUGCUCUACUCACUUGUCUGAUUUCCCUCUCUUUUGAUUUAGUAUUAAAAAUCCCAUAUAUUUUUAAAUACUAGAAAUAUUUAUUCAUUUUUACUCCUACAGUAACAAUUCUAAGACGGAAGGACAAGGGCUAGGCAAUGGGGGUUAAGUAACUUGCCCACGAUCACACAGCUAGGAGGUAUCUGAAGCCAAUUUGAACCCAGAUCCUCCCAAUUCCAGGUCUGUGCUCUAUCCAUUGGACUACCCAUCUGUCCCACUCAGUGUUUAUUGUAAAGGUGUGCAUAGACAUUCUCACCUGCUUCUCAAAUAGGCAAGAGUAUUUCAUAUGAUUUCCUUUACGGUGUUGUCUUCUUUCAGAAUCUUUUCAUGGCUUCUCUUUCUCCCACUGAUUCUCCCUAGUGUAAGAAUUGAAAAUAAUGUUUCUACCCAGAUAUAUAUUUUAUAAAGUUUAUUGGAAGGGUAGACAAACAUUCCUAUAAGUAACCUGACCACGUGGCGCCUCGCCUGCAAGUCUCUUCUCUCCUUCCCCUCACCUGCCUCCUCUGUUCCCUUCUCAGUGCUCCCCCGAUUCUCCCAAAACCUUGACUUUUAUUGACAUACAGAACAUAGAAGUAGGCAACCCUGGUGCAACUCUGCUAUGUCAGGAAUGUUUGAUAGACAGGUAAAGUUACUCAGGAGGGGGAGGGGAUAAAACUUCCUUGACGCACCAGGAAGGUGAGGACUUUGUGGUACUCCCCUCUCCCAAUCCCCCAGAAGACCUAGUGUAACAUCUGUUUGACAGUAGAUUCCGUGUCCCAGUCUGUAAGCACAUUUCCUUGUGAAUCCCAGCUCCCCAUGCAGUGGAUGGUGGAGAGUAGCCAGAGAUCAUGGAAUCAUUGACUCAUUGACUCAGGAAUGGGAUGAAGUUGUGUUCAAAUACAGUAAUCAAAAGGUUUUAGAGGUGGAAGGAACCAUGAAUAUCUACUUUCAGACCUAUAUUCUAAUCCUGACUUUUCUGUCCUGCCAUUGUGACCUGGAGCAAUGCCCUUAAUUGCUCUUGAUCCCAGUUUCUUUCCCUAAAAAGAGGGGUUUGACUGGUGGAUGUCUCGGGUUCCUUUUAGUUCUAAUAUUCUAAAAUCCUUUGAUAAUCAAUCCCAUGUCUAUAGUGCUUUAAGGUUGAUAAAUCCUUUUCCUAACAACAACCAUGUGAGUUAAGCCAGCUAAUAUUAUUGUCCAGUUUCCCAUGGCAGUAUGGAAAAGUCCUUUCUACCUCCCAGAGACUAUAACGUUUUAUCCCUAACCCUCACUGCAAAGAGCUGCCCCAACGCCAUUGUAUGCUUAGUCUGGACGGGUCAACUAGAACAGUCAUAGCAUUAUUUUUGGACACGGGCAUCCUAUGGAGCCCAAUUUGCCCCACUUGGAGCUGUUCUGAGAGUCUCUAAGAAGAGAGGAAGAAAUAGAAGUUUCCCUCCAUCAUCCAGAAUUGGUUUCUUCAGUGCCUCUAGUGCAGGGGAUGAAAAAUUUAAGUCCUGCGGAUCAAAUUUGCUCUAUUGACCAUUUUUGGUACUACUGUGAGCUGAGGAUGGUUUGGGCAUUUUAGAAUAAUGUCAUAUUGUAUUUAAAAAUGGGAAGGCCUUAUAAAAACAGGCAGAGAACCAUAGUUUGCCAAACCCAGCUCUAAUCCAAAAGUUCUCCCAUCCCCCUUACAAAGGCCUGAUCGACGGGAGAAUUACCUUAUAAAGCAAAGUACACAAGUGUGUGUCAUGUAGAAUCUGCUUAUAUCAGUCAUGCAUCCACAUUGGUUGGCAUCUUUUUUUUUUAAACCUGUAACAAGCUUUUGAAAUAAAAGAAAAAUAUAAUCCUAAA